GCCGUUUUGAAGGCCGGCGGAAAAAUGGAAACUGUUUGUCGAGUAUUUUCAAUUUUGAACUCGAACUAAUUUUUCUGUCCAGAAUUAGGGAGAUAUCGAAGAAAACUACUAGUAGCUUAAACAAUGGCGAAGAUCUUCGCGACGCAAAAUCUUCCGGCGGACGUGAGUCUGGUGAUGGAUCAGCUGGAGCGCCACUGCUUGGCUCCCGACGGAUCUCUCAUUUCCAAAUCGGCCUACUACGAUCUCCAACUCGCCAGAGAAGAAAUGUGUAAAGAGAGGCAGCGUUACUUGGAAUCUCUGGCGGUGUACAUAGAAGCUGUAGCAAUGGUGGAGGAGUAUCAACAAGCGGUUUCCGUUGCUAGUUUGGGCGGCAUUCGUGAUCUUCAGGGCCUUUAUCCGCAGCUAGGCUUGAGGAACAUACCCCAGGUUUAUGAAGCUCUUGAGCAUCGGAUGGCUGUUGCAGAAGCUGCUCAAAGAUUGAGGCUUCCACUUAUCUCCAAAGACGGAGAGAUUCACGAGGAAGAAAUUGAAAAGUGGAGUAUUGUGUCGAGGAGCUCACUUGAUAGUACAAGUACCAGUGUCACAAUCAGCUCAAGCACAAAUUCAACUAAUUAUACAAAUGUAUCUGCUAUUGGGGCAGGGGCUCCAACAAAUAAUCCUUUCUCUGUUGGGGUAAACGAUGCAUCUGAACCUGAAGUUGGUGGGGUGCCAAAUCGAUUCCUUGGGAUAACACCAGCCUAUUUAUGGCAAACACAGCUUCAACAAACACCACUGUACAUGGACAUUACAGAGUACCAGGUGUUGCUUGCCCGUGAGAUUGCAAGUCGGUUGGAUGCUAAAUGUGAUAAGUUAGCAGAUGCUAUUGUCAUAGAUGAUAUUGAUUCAUCAACUGGUCACCAGAAUAUGACUUCCAGACUUCCAGAAAGGGUAAAAGUAAUCAUCGAGGAGAUUGAAAGAGAAGAAUUAGCAUGGAGGGAGGAUCUUUAUUCUUCUGACCGGAAAUUUGCGGAGUACUAUAAUGUAUUGGAGCAGAUUCUUGCGGUGCUUAUUAAGCUUGUCAAAGAUGUAAAGCUUCGACAUCAACAUAAAUAUGAUGAACUACAAAAGACUUGGUUAUGCAAAAGAUGUGAGACCAUGAGUGCUAAAUUAAGAGCUCUAGAGCAUAUUCUCCUGCUUGAAACCUACACUAGGGAAACCAUUCCGGCACUCCACGAAAUUAGGAAAUUUCUGGUUGAAUCAACUGAAGAAGCUUCACUUUCAUAUAAUAAGGCGGUCACACGACUCCGUGAGUAUCAAGGUGUUGAUCCUCAUUUCGAUACCAUUGCUAGACAGUACCACGAGAUAGUGAAGAAACUGGAAAAUAUGCAGUGGACUAUUCACCAAGUUGAAAUGGAUCUGAAGCGUUUGCCUGAUCAUCCUACCAUCUAACGUGUCGUUAUAUAUUCCCUUUUUAUGCUAUUUUUGUGACAAUUUUAUGUGUGGUUAUUAUGUAAUUAGUGUUCUUGCAUCAGAAAUCACUUCCGUUUUGAAAGACGGGGCACGUAGAUUAUGUUGCAUGGGUCGAAAGGACGGAAAAUAUGCAACAUGGUUAACUCAACUGCGAAACAUAUAAUCGUCAAAUGAUCAAAACUACCAUAUCUCCAUUUCAGCACCUGAAAAGGUGGAUAAGGUAGGGCCCCAUAAAGAAUUUUACUGCUGUACCAAAAACAAUAAUGUAUGCGUUGAAUC